AUGGGUAAUUGCAUUCGAACAAACCAAAAAAAGCCCUCAAUUUUAAGAGUAGAGAGUUUUGUUGAUAGAAAAGGAAAUAAAAUAAAAUUAGACUUCAAGAUCUGCAUAUCAAGCAUAAAAAUCCUUGGCCUCAAUAAGGUAUGAUUAAUUUAGGCCAAAGCAAACCUUAUAAUCAAAUUCGACACCGUGAAAUUGAAUUUUGACGAGAAAAACAAUGAAAACGAAGCUUUUGAAUGAAAUGUUGAAAGACGAUUUGACUAUUCCACGCUACUGGAAGCCAUUAACCAGUCAGCAAUGUCUUUAGAAGUGUAUUCUAAUGAAAAAUUAAAGGCAAAAACUGAAAUCAAGAUUUCGUCAAUUGUGAAUGGGCCAGUCCACUAUAGCUUGCCACUAUUUCUGAAGAAGAAAAUGAAAGGCCGAAUAAGCCUUGAUGUUGAAAUGUUAGAGGAAACCAAAACUUAUAUAGAAACAAAUAAUAUUUCUUGCAAGUUUAAUGAGGAAGUUUUUGGCAGAUAUUCUAUGACAGUCAAGUACUCAAGUGACGUUUCCAAAGAAAGCGGACAUUCAGAGGCUACUAAAAGCUUAUCAUGGAAUUAUGAAGAGAUAGAAGAUCCUAGAUAUGUCCCUAGAGUUGAAUUUUGGGCAAAUAUCAAGACUAUCAGGGAUUCAUCAAUACAGAUCAAGAUCCACAAGCAUCAUAAAUCAGGCUAUGAAUUUGCUGGGACCUGCUGACUGAGUUUUAGCAAACUUUUUAAAGAGAGCUCAGAAAUAUAUAGGCCAGAAGGAAGCCAGGAAUCUGAAAGUACAGCGAAAUCAAAGCUAGACAUCUAUGCACUGAAAAAUAGCUUUGAUUGUUCUUAUGUUAAGUCUUUUAAUGAGGGUAUAUGAUUUGAUGGCAGAAGGAUUGGGACUAUUAAAGGAAGCUUGAUAAUUGGAAACUUACCAGUCUUUCAGCAGCUGAUUAUUGGCGUUAGUACCGAGGAUGGGGUGCUGCCCCAGGGAUCACUAUAUACUUAUGCGAGAAAUUCUAUUUUUCAAAGAACAGUUAUACCUGAAGAGAUCCACAAAAUAACUGAAUUUACUAGGAAAUUAAAGAAAAGCAUGAUUUCGAAGCAGAUUGAAGUCAAUCCAAUAAUAAGCGAAAGGCUGCUGUUUGAGGAAAGAAAAUUAAUAAUAGAUUCACUUAUCGAUUUAUUGAACUAUUCCCAAAAAGAAUCAAUGAAAUGCUUCUUGUAUAGCAAUGAAGAAGCAGUUCUCAAAGCCCAAGAUCUUUUCAUUGAGCUUGGAAGCAAUUUAAUUGAAUACAUAGACAGUGUUACUUAUGAUAUAAAGCCUUAUUUUUUCUCAUGCUUAACUCACUUAAUAAAACGAGGAGAGUUAGCUAUUGGAUAUCUUGCAUUUGCAAAAGGAAGUAAAAAUUUUUCAUCGCAAAAGACGGAAAUCGCAGCGAGAUAUCUGUCUAUUAUGCAUAGAAUGCUAAAAAUUUCUUUAACCUACUUCGUCUUAAAAGGACUAGAUGAGUUGAUUCAAGAAUUUGUGUACUGCAUCCUCGUGAAGGCUUGGUUCCGAAUUCCUGAAUUUAGAAAAACAAUGAUGGACUGCUUGAGGCGAAAAUCUUUUUACCCAAUCGAAGAAUGACGAAACUUAGAAAUUGAUUUGGAAGAUGAGAAACCCCAAAGUGAAGUGAUUUCAAUUUUUGAUUGGCAAAGCAGCUUUUAUGCAAUGCUUCCAAGUGAAAUCAAAUUUGAUCAGCUCCAGUCUUGCAUUUCUGAAUCAAGUUGGAAAAAAAAGAUGACCAAGCGAGGACUUGAAUUUUUCAAGUUUCUAAAAGAAUGAGUCGAGCAGGUAAAUGGCCAAGUGGUUUCCCAGAAUAUCCGCUGGGCCAAUAUACCUGGCUACCCUUUCCUGCUUAAGUGCAUGCUAUUGGAAAUGAAAGAAAGAGAAAUACUAAAGUACCCAGAUAUUUUGGUAAGCUCCAUAUGCAGCAUGCUUCAUAAUUCCAAAAUUAUUAACGCUUUGGUAAAGAUAUUAUUUGAAAAAACUAACAUCUACAGUGCCAAAACUGUGCAGGAAACUUUUAAGCUGUUAGGAAAAUUUUUUAAAACAAUGUAUACCUAAUUAGAAAUAGAUGGCUACUGGUUACUUUAAUAUUAAAUAGGAUAAUGACAAAUGUUUUUAUUAAUUAUAAUAGGGAUAUGAAUAUAAAAGGAAAAUCCCUUCAUCAUUUGACACUGAUUUCUUUGUAAAGGGAAUAAAGGUAACUAUUAAUUGUGAUAUUGGGCUGAAUAUUGCAAAGUGUCUUGAAUUUUUUUAUUGAAAUUAUCAUAUGAUUAAAGACAAUUUGAGGAAAGAAAUUAUUUACUCUCUUCUUUUAAAAAAGCAGUUCAAAAGGCUUUUCCUCCACUGGCACUCUGAAGUGCGAAAGGUCUUUUGCUAUUUACUCAUUUUUCGGAUAUUAUCACUUGAGUUUUUAUCAUUCGAGACUUCGGAAGAUUCGGAUACUUUGCUAGAUGGCAAAAUAAAAAAAAAGGUUGCAUAUAAACUUGCGAAGCUAGAAGAAAUUGACGACCCAGAGCAGCUCCCUUAUCUCAAAGCUGCAAAAGAGCAGUAUGCGUUAAUUGGUGAAGAGUAUGCAAGAUGAUCGAGUAGGAUUCCAAAAUCUCCUAGGACCUUGCUCUAUGGCUGGAGUGACUCUUUCCCAUAUCCCGAAAUCCGGGUGAAAGCUGCAUUUGUGGAUCUAGGUGAGAAGCACAUAGACGAUAUUUGAUAG